AUGUCGCGCGAGAAUACCAGACGCUCCGAAGCGACCACCAACAGCUUCGCGUCGUUCGGCUCAGACUUCGACCCCGAGCACGAAGCCCUUGCAUCUACAAAACACUUUGAGAACAGUCCAAAACUGCCAGAGAUGAAAGGCAGCGCAAGGAAGCAAUUGAAUGAUGACGACGAUGACGAGCCUGAAUACGCCAUCGAUACCUCCGCGUUGGAACGCGCCUUCCCCGAAUUCUCGCCGGUUGGGACCUCGGAAGACGAUACUGACGAAAGCAUUUCCAUCGAGGCCGGGCGCGGCAUCCCCAAAACCACGCGUCGUCUUGACGACUCGCGCAAUUCUAUGAUGAGCAUCGAGAACAGUGUGCGUUCGUCAUCGCCUGCCGUCAGACUCGACUAUCCUACUUCAUACACUCCUCAAAAAUCAGCCAUGCGUGGCACAUCCAGACGAGCAGUUAGCGAAAAUCUUCGCAAGGAUGCCCAGCUGAGACAGGCAAGCCUCGCGCACAAGGAAAACCGCGACCCCCUGUCGUCCAAAGUAGCUCGCAAGGACCAGCGACGGACAUUGUCUGACAUGCACGCCAAGGUUCGCGACUCCUACGAUGGUUCCUUCCUUGGUGAUGAGCGACCUCAGCCGAUCGCGACUAGCACGCGUGCGACGCGCUUCGGAAACGUGAAUCUUUCUCAUCAGAUUGCGGACGCCGUGGAGAGAGCAUCCCAGGAAGCAUAUGCCAAGGAGAUGCGCCGAGGAAAGAUGCCGAGUAAUCUACGGAACGUGUCUGGCACUGGUGCUGGUGAUACGGGAACCAUGCAGUCUUUUCUCCUCCCCGAUCUUCCCAACCUGUCAGAGUUGGUCUCAGGGGUCUACGAGGAUGGUACACCUGUUUACUCCCGCCAGGGCAGAGCCAGGGCAACCCGGUUUGUGUCGCCUCCUCACGAUGGCGCGGAGGUAUCCAUGACGCGAGAGCAUAUUCCCCUUGAUACAAUUCCCAUCCCCGAAGAUGAGAAGGCACUCUUCGUCUCACUGAGACUUCUCCAAGACAAGGUCUCGGAGCUUGAAAGGGCCAAAUCGGAGGCUGACAGAAAGAUCGAUGAGAUGAGACAAGAGAACGCGGCUCUGAAAGCAGGAAGGUCCCGUCAGAAGGAUAAACACGGUCGUUCUCGCGUCUAUGAGUCCGAGGAUGACGAUUACAGGAGGAACAGACAGCUCGCUGGCGAUCAUCAAGAACUUGAGGCUGCGAACUUGGUUUUGCAAAAUCAACUAGAUAUCGCCGAGCGAAAGGUGCAGGUGAAUGAGGCAGCGCUGAAGAAAUUGAACCGCGAGAGAGACAUGGCUGUUUCUCAAUUGGGGAUAGCCUAUCUCGAGUCUCGCGAUUUGAAGAGCGAAAAUGAGAGCUUACGGCAGGAGAAUGUUGAACUCAAAUCGCAGCUGGCUAAAUUUGUCUCGCAUGCUUCAAAAAGCCGUGAGGACACAGCUCAAUCAGAGCCACUGUCUGAGACAGAUGCAAGUCUGGAUGAUAGCCAGCUCGAUACACAACAGAGCGAGAACAGAAGCCGAGUCACCAAGGAUCUCACCACCAAGAGCGCACGGUCCAAGUCUAGAACUGCGCGUGCGGAAGAGUCCCGUACCAAGAUCUCAAAACAAGUGGACAAGGAGAUUUCGCGUCUCGAGAAGGAACGAGCUGAAGAUGCUCUUUUCUCUAUCGACCUCCCGAGAGCUAGGUCUUCCACCUCGAAAUCCGGAAGAUCCCAGAAGCAAGCGGUAGCAACCAGCUCGAAAGCCAAGAAGCAGCCAAACACCGGGAAACAGCGUGUGAAACGUGUGAUUGUCGAAGAAGUGACCGUCACUGAGCCUUUAGAAUCGACCGCCGAGGAUGCCUCCUGCCAAACCAGAAAAACUUCUAACACAGAGCAAGAUCUGACCCUGUUAAGCCUUGUGGAUGAAAACGAAAUUGCUCAACUUCGGAAGACGCUAGAAGAAGAGCGACUCGCCCGUAAACGACGACAGUCUGUGUCGACUAGGAUUCAGACGGUGGAUGAGACCGCAAACUCUACGCGACAGAGUCUGUCCAAAUCCGCUGCCCCUCGCAAGUCCUCUCUCAAAGAAAGUAAAGCCCCAAUCGUCGGGCCCGCAUCGGCUCUGGGUGAUUUGACGGCUACCUCCCAGGUCAGCAUGGCGGAAGCGGACAGUAAUCUUUCGGUGCCUAUUGAGCGCCAAAGACGGCACUCGGAUUAUUCAGUCACCACCACCUCGCAGCGGCGACGCCGCCGAAGCACGAACGAUAUGACAUCCGCGUUCAUACUACCAGAUAUCACUCUUCACCAUGCGAAUUUGGUAGCUGAAGACCCUAGCCGAUUGCCUCAAGCUGCGCAAAAGGCGUUGGACGGUGCUACUCAGCACGACGGCAAAAACUGCACAGUCUGCAAGCGCUGCAUUCCUAUUGACUCUCACUGCGAUCACACUCAUGAAGUGGUGAAGGUCCCGAAGCCAGUGCCUGUGUCGGAGCGCAUGCCGGAGCCAUCUGUGUACAACGAAGAGCCCACAUUGCGCCCUGCGCAAUCCCCAGGCGUCGCUCUUGCAACAGUGCUCAAAGCAUUGGAGGAUGAACUCUCCCAUCUCAGGAUGCAGCUUGUGGUCUACCAAGGGGCCUACAAUAAGUUGGAUGCGUCCCUCAGCAAGCGCCAGAGGAAAUCGCUUGCUGCAAAGGUUGAAAAGAUUCUCAAGGACAUUGACUUGAAAGCGGAUCAGAUUUAUGCGCUCUACGAUGUCCUUGAAGGUCAAAAACAGGACGGCCAUGAGAUGACCGAGGCAGAGAUGGAGGUGACUCUUCAGUCCAUCGGGAUGGAUACCGCUGCCACACGCGCGGGGGAUGUGACUGCUACUACGGACAAGUCUUCUAACAGACAUAAUGAUACCGAUCUUGAGGAUGAGGAGGAGCUACCAUGGGAAGGUAUUGAAAGCACAAUGGACAUGACGGGCAGUCAUCGGAAUUAA